AAUUGUCCCGUUUCAAGGCUGACCCGGUGGUUUUUAUUGGCUAGCUUCGAUGUCAGUCCAGCUUUCCCGCUGUCCAGUCCCCUCAAAUUUGAAACUUUUUCUCCGGGAGUCAAGUUACAAGCGCUUGUAACAGAUCCGUGAAAACAAAACAAAACAAAACAAAACAAAACAAAACAAAAAAAACAACAACAACAACAACAACCCUCCCUUCUAUUAUUUACACUGAUGUUUACCUGAGGCAGGUUCAGAGUGGCACGACACGGUUUGAAUUUAACCGGGGAAUUGUUUGGGACAGAGAAGGACUCAUUUGGAAUAACUGCUUGUUUGCAUCGAAAAAAGUUUGAAAAAAAAAACUAAAAAACGUUUCACAAGCUAGUGUAACUGAGUGGAGUUUUUUUGUUUGUUUGUUUGUUUGCAGACUGUAGUGUCCGGCGGAGAGGGAAGCACACACACACACAGGUAAGAAAUUAGUCAUUUAAAACAAACAGUGAGGUAUUUGGGAGUGGUAUAAGUUCAUUUAAAACAGGAAAAAAAAAGAGAGGAAUUUAAACGUCUAAAUAACUAGAAGUAAAUACUAGUUCUUGUAAUAUGUAAUAUCUUGUAAUUGUAAUGUAGAGUAAUAUAGUAAUUGCCCCGUCAAGAGGAGGCGUAGCCUCUCCAAGAGAUUUUAAAACGUACUGGUUAGUCUUACAUCCAUGAAAUGGUAGCCGUAUCAGUUCAGAGAUGAUAGACGCAGAGAACGAGAUGUGAUACCUUUUUAUUAAGCAAACUAACCCAUAAUUGAUCACACGCUUUCAAGAUGUCAAAGGUCUCUCUGCCUGCUUUCACCCGAAGAAACCUUUCCAGGUCUUGAAAGCUUGAUAAAAAGACAGCAUGGAUACCUUCAGCACGAAGAACCUGGCCCUGCAGGCGCAGAAGAAGCUGAUGAGCAAGAUGGCGACCAAGUCGGUGGCCAACAUGUUCAUCGACGACACCAGCAGCGAGGUCCUGGACGAGCUGUACCGCGUGGCCAAGGAGUACACGCAGAACCGCAAGGAAGCGCAGAAGGUCAUCAAGAACCUCGUCAAGAUGGUGAUGAAGCUGGGCGUGCUCUACCGCAACAACCAGUUCAACGGGGAGGAGCUGGCCCUGGUGGAGCUCUUCCGCAGGAAGGUCCACACCCUGGCCAUGACGGCGGUCAGCUUCCACCAGAUCGAGUUCACCUUCGACCGGCGCGUCCUCUCCACCAUGCUCAACGACUGCAGGGAGCUCCUGCACCAAGCUGUCAGCCGCCACCUGACGGGCAAGUUCCACGCCAGGAUGAACCACGUCUUCAACUUCUUCGCGGAUUGCGACUUCCUGGCUGCCCUCUACGGGCCCUCGGAGGUCUACCGGCCACACCUGCAGAAGAUCUGCGAGGGCAUCAACAAAGUGCUGGACGAUGGUAGCCUCUGACCUUCUCAAUGUCCGUUAUCUCAACCCAUUCCCUGAUUAGGACAGGGAUGGAAGUGAGACUCCUGUUGCGUAGCAGUUUCGACCAUGAGCUUGAUUAGCCACAGUGUGUAGGUAACAAGCUCAGGUGUGUCUUAUUAAACUCAUAGUGAAACUGGGAAUGGAUCAAACUGCUAUGCAAUGAGAGUCAUAUUGCCAUCCCCGACAUAGCGGCUAAUAUUUAGUUUUUUGUGCAAGUGAUAAAAUAAGACUUAAAUUGUAGAAUGUCAUUCAAAGAAGACAUGAAAUGAAGAUGUGAUAUUUGUUUUCCACUUUGGGGAGGGCUAGUUUACCAAACAAAGUCAGGUGCAUUAAAGAAGCAGCCCCCUGCAAUUGUAACGUUCUCUCGACCAAAGAAACGGGACUGGAUGGAAAUAAGUUAUGUUCAUUUAUAUUUAUGGUUUGAAAGUUUUCCUGAAUUGCAAUUAACUGUUGCGAAUGCGGUUAGUGCAGGAGGCAGGGGAAGACUGUUGUGGCAAUAAUAAGAUAUAUAAGACUGAGUGGCAGUGCUCUGCCCAGCACCUGGAUACAUUGAAGAUACAUUACCGAGGCUGUUUAUACCCUGACAUUAACAAGUCCAGGCACCUUGUACAGGUAUACACAGCUGUGUGGCGACACCUGAACAUGGUGAUGUGUACGGAGCUUGUGCAUCCCCAAACAGGCACCCCAGGGAAACGAGGACCUGAGGUGGUUGUUGCUGCCGAUUCUCUGCAUGCAGCCAAACACGUGCGUUUUAUUGAAAUGUUUUAUUUUAUGGUGUAUUGUUGCAGUUUGAAACGCGAUUUCAGUCGAUUCCCAAGUAAUUCACCACAAGCACAGAACCACCCCCUGGUGAAUCAGGGCUCAAAUGGGAAAAAAUAGAACCUAAAUAAUACACUGUUAGCGCACAUCAAGUUUGGACCUUUUGCCUCGCCCUGAUUAACAUGCAGGUACAUUUUGGAGGGAAGGCAGAGGUAAAACAAACUGUCUGCUGCAUAGCGGUUCAAAGCAUUGUCAAGCUAAAUGAAUAUCAGAUUAAAUGCCUGUAUGCUCCACACAGAAAGAAAAUAGGUCAUUUUUUUUAUAUUUGUAAAUAUGAGGUUCAGCUGUACAUCUCAUGCCGUCUUGUCUUUCAGAAGCACGUUUGCACCAGGUUUGAAUUAUUCUCAUUGCUGUUAAAUUUGUUAUUAUUGUUUUAAAAUGUUUGAUGAAGGCAACAAUGAUGUUAAUUCAAUUUGUUGUGUGCUUACUUUAAAAUAAUAAUUGUGUAAUUUUUUUUUUUUUAAAAACAUGUUUUUUGUGUUUUCUUUUUAUUGCUCAAAAACUUCAGUCCGGCUCUUUUGUUCUUUGACUGCAUGCUCUUGACUGCCUCUCUCCAUUCUGAAGUAAACUGCCCAGACCCACCAUCACCAUGACAGCGUACUAUGCCCUAGAAAUAAAUCUAGCUGUGGCUUAUCCGGGCUGGAUGCUAUAUUAUAAAAAAAAAAAAAAAAAAAAGUAAAGAACGUCAAGUGAUUGUCGCUAAUACAAUCAUUUAAUCAAACCUGUCGUGCUUUUCCUUCCGCUACAUCGGUCUCCAGUGUGCAGUUUUGAAAGACACAUUUUUUUCUAUUUGUCUACAAGAGCAAACUGCAGACCUACUGCCUGGGUCACUCUGUUGAACCUCAAGAGCCAGGAAGGUUUCCAAAGGGGGCAAGGCGCCACCGUCAGUGUUUCAGUCCGAGCGCGCCGACCGAGCUGGUGAAGCAAGCAAGAAACCAUGUGGCAUA